AUGACAUCCAGCUGUUCUAAAACUGGGAAUGGCUCUUGUAAAACAGAUAAUGGUUGUUGUCAAAUGAAUGGAUUAUCUAAAUUUGCCAUAAUAAGUAUAUUUAUAGCAUAUGGAAUAAAUGUUCUUAAUCCAGAUACUGGACUUUUAAAAACAGGUGCAAUUAUUUUAACUAUAAAUAUACUUACUUCUGAUAUAUUUUUGAGGAUUAUUAAAACAUUACCACGCGAUAUAAAAGGAAUAUUAACUUUAAUUAUGAUAAAAUAUAAAGUUUAUAAAGCAUUUAAAAAAAAUGAACCAUUACAUUAUUAUUGGAUGAGUAAUGUUAAAAAGUAUGGAAAUAGUGAGGCUAUAAUUGAUAUUGAUAAUAAUAAAACAUUAACUUUUAAUGAAGUUAACUCUCUUGCCAAUAAAUAUGCAAAUUUUUUUCUUUCUAAAGGUUAUACUAAAGGUGAUGUUGUAGCAUUAUAUUCAGAAAAUUCAUUAGAAUUUUUUGCUUUUUGGAUUGGGAUGUCAAAGAUUGGUGUUGUAACGGCAUGGAUUAAUUCAAAUUUAAAAUCAGAACCAUUGUCACAUUCAAUAAAAUCUGCUAAAACAACAACAAUUAUUACCACAAAUAGUCUUAUCAAUACACUUCAAAAGUUGUUUGAUAGUAAGUUACUUGAUAAGGAUGAAUACAAAUUAUAUAAUUUAUCUAAUGAAAAAGUAAAUGAAUACAUUAAUUUAAAGGAUGUAUGUGAUAAUUGUAGUGAAAUUGAUAAGAAAUAUCAUCCAAACUUUAAGGAUAUCCUUUGCUAUAUUUAUACUUCAGGAACAACAGGAAAUCCAAAACCUGCUGUCAUCAAACAUUAUCGGUAUUUUUUUAUGUCUAAUGGUAUUAAAACUGCAUUUGGUAUUACAAAAGAGGAUCGAAUAUAUAUAACAAUGCCAAUGUACCACUCAGCAGCUGGUAUUUUAGGGACAGGACAAUUAAUUGUUGGUGGUUCAACAUUAAUAAUUAAAAAAAAAUUUUCAGCAUCUAAUUUUUGGAAGGAUGCUGUUAAAUAUAGAUGUACAGUUUCACAAUAUAUUGGUGAAAUAUGUCGGUAUCUUUUGGCUCAAAAACAAAUUGAUGAAGAAAAAAAACAUCCAAUUAAAUUAAUGUUUGGUAAUGGUUUACGUGGUGAAAUUUGGCCUGAAUUUGUUAAUAGAUUUAACAUUAGAAAAAUAGGAGAAUUUUAUGGUAGUACAGAGGGUAAUUCUAAUAUAUUAAAUCUUAAUUCACAUGUUGGAGCAUGUGGAUUUUUUCCAAUUUAUCCAUUUAUAAAAGCAUUUUAUCCUGUUAGAUUAUUAAAAGUUGAUGAAGAAACAGGUGAAAUAUUACGUGAUAAAAAUGGUUUAUGUAUUACAUGUCAACCUGGAGAAAUGGGUGAGAUGUGUGGAGUUAUUAAAAAAAAUGAUCCAUUAUUAAAUUUUGAGGGAUAUGUUAAUAAAGAUGAUACAUCAAAAAAAGUUAUUAGAGAUGUUACUGUUAAAGGUGAUAUGGUAUUUACAUCAGGAGAUUUAUUAUAUUGGGAUGAAUUAGGUUACCUUUAUUUUAAAGAUAGAAGAGGUGAUACUUUUAGAUGGAAAGGUGAAAAUUGUAGUACAAUGGAAGUUGAAGGUAUUUUACAACCAAUUAAAACUGUUCAGGAUGUCUCUGUUUAUGGUGUUGAGAUUCCGGGAAAAGAAGGAAGAGCUGGAAUGGCAGGGGUAUCAUUAAUUGAUAAUGUAAAUGUAACAAAUUUUGUUAAAGAUAUUGCAAAUAUAUUAAUAGAAAGUUUACCCCCAUAUGCUGUUCCAUUAUUUUUAAGGAUAUGUAAAGAGGUUGAACAAACUGGUACAUUUAAACUUAAAAAAACAACAUUACAAAAAGAAGGAUUUGAUUUAAAAAAAUGUAAAGGUGAUUCAAUUUAUUAUAUGGAUUGGUCUACAAAAUCAUAUACAUUAUUAACUCCUGAAAUGCAGGAGAACAUUGAAACAGGAAAAUACACAAAAUUGUAA